AUGUCUCUCUCUCUCUCUCUCUCUCUCUAUCUAUCUAUCUAUCUAUCUAUCUAUCUAUCUCUGGAUAGCUUAAAGAUAGAAUAUGCCUUGUCUUCAUAUCUCUCAGCUUUUCUUUGCUCUGCCUGUUCCAAAUUGUCUUCCCAAGGGACUGUCAGUUCCAACAACUAUAAAGUUCUCUUCUUGGUGACCAAACUCCCUCCUUUCUUCACUGGCAAUUACGCCUUUCUUUUACGGCCACUAGAAGGUGAAAAUUUACUUAAAACACUUUUUGAAAACAUACGUGUUUGCUCCUUCUUCUCGAACGGCUUUAGCUCCAAACUCCACUUAUGGACUUCUUUUCAAACUUUCUUUUCUGGGGCUUCUUCAAGAGGACUUUCUCUGAAGGGGAAAUUUGCCCUCAGCAACCUUGUUACCCAUGCAUCUUUCUUUUAUGGGCAAAUGCUGCCUGCCUUUUCAGCAAGGAGAGAGAAAAACUCCUGUCUCUCUGCGGUCUCGUUUUCACCUGCUGCUAAGGUCCAGUCCCAGUUCUCCUUUCCCUUUCAAAGGGGGGGGGGUCACCUUUAA